UGCUAGGUCUAAAUCAACUGCAAAAGCUGUCUAUGUGGGGUACGCCCUCUUGCGCCGACCUCUUGAUAAAUAGACGAAAGUGAAAAUUAUGACGAAGAUGGCGCCUGUAAACUGGAAAUGGAAUCAAUGUCACCAAUGACUGUGGAAUGUUGAUGUCUAAUUUACUGCUCUUGCCGACCGUCAAAGAGAGUUGAUCACAGGAUAAUCACUUGAGGCAAAUGACAAUAAGCUGUAUCUGCUAAGGAAGAAAGGGGGUCUUACCAGCAGUGAGCAUGGCGCCAAUCCUUACCCCUCAAGCUCAGGCUCAAGCUCAGAUGAGCCUUACCCCAAUACCUGGGCAGAGGGCAGCAUCACCUAGUGGAACCAACAGCAUCUCCUUGGGUCUUCUGUUGGAAUUCCUAAUUCAAAAAACCUACCAUGAGCUGAUGGUGUUAUCAGAGUUACUUCCUAGAAAGACAGACAUGGAAAGGAAAAUUGAGAUUGUCAAAUUUGCUCGGAGUACAAGGCAGUCAUUUGUCAGACUCUUAGCCUUAGUGAAAUGGGCCAGCAGUGCUGCCAAAGUGGAUAAAUGUGCAGCCAUUUCUGCCUUUCUAGAUCAGCAGUCACUAUUAUUUGUGGACACAGCAGACAUGUUGUCCCAUAUGGCUCGAGAGAACCUUGUCCAUGCACGUUUGCCCAAUUUCUCUCUCCCUGUUGCUGUGGAUGUAUUGACAACAGGACAGUACAGAAGAAUGCCCACCUGUAUCAAGGAGAAGAUUGUACCUCCAGAUCCUAUUUCUCAGAAUGAGAAAGCUAGCGUACUACAGCGACUGAACCAGAUAAUACAGCAUCGGUUAGUCACCAGCAAAUUACCUUCACAACUGUCAGACUUGUCCAUUGUUGAUGGAAGAGUCAAGUUCAGUGUUCCACAGGAGUUCGAGGCAACAUUAACAUUGAUGGGAGAUGACCCUGGCAUACCAUGGAGGCUUCUAAAUAUUGAAAUCCUUGUCAAUGAUCCAGACACUGGAGAUGGCAAAGCAUUGGUACAUCCCAUGCAGAUCAAUUACAUUCAUCAGUUACUUCAGUCUAGACUCUUUGGGGAUGAAAACACACUACAGGACAUGUACAAUUGCUUGCAUAGCUUUUGUCAGUCUCUUCAGUUGGAGGUGCUUCAUUCUCAGGCUCAGCGGCUCAUUCGAGAGAGAUGGGGUGAACAUGUGAUGAUUGAGAAGUACACAGCUGGUCAGUGUCUAACACUGGCUUACUGGAGGUCACAGAGUUUCAACGUAGACAAACCAGAACUGUACAGCUUAUCAGUUGGUAUUGAUACCAAUGACACAGCUAAACCCCUCCAGAUUAACCAUGAUCCACCUCUAUCAGUGGAAGAUGCCAAUGAAGUCAACAGGGCUAUUCGGUGUGACAGGCUGUCAAUUGAACGACUUCUUGUGGAGACUAUCCUGAUGAGGUCAAAGGUUAAGCUCAAGGAACUACAGAGUAUCUUGGAAAAAGAGCUCACUAACACAAAGACACUUAUUGAGAACACUCCACCACUGCUGUAUGUUCCCAUCAUAGAACCAUGCAGUCAGUCAGAAUAUCUCACUGUAUCUGUGGAUAUGCAGACUGGUUCCUAUCAACCUUAUAUCGCUCAUGCGGAUGCAACAUUGUUAGAGGAGAUGGAACAUUGUCUGAACUCUGAACUCAUCAAAUUGUACCAGUACAUCACCAAACUAAGCUUCAUGUUGAGUAUGCAUCACUGCAAGCAGUCUAUUCAACAACUUCCAUGCAAAUGUACAGACAAAUUGCCUCUAGUGUCCAUAUCAGCUGAGCAUCCAUUGGCAAAACUGUCUCAGAAUAGACUCUACAUACACCUGGUCAAGCAUAAGAACUACUUUGUGGUUGUAGAGUUCAACAGUAUCAAGAAUCAGACCCAUCUACAUAUCCGCUACUACUUAUUUCACACCAGACAGGCUGCAUUUUAUGAUCAGUCUGCUGGAGAGGAUGUACCUCCAUCAACUCAAUCUGAUUGGGAUUCUGGAGAACCUUUCCUUGCACCUCUAAGUUUGAUACCUCUAGAUGCCAAGAGUUGUACCCAUGGUGCAGAUACACUGGUGGAAGCUGAAGAAUUGAACCAAAACCAGAAACGUAAGCUUGGAUCCUCCUUAACAAGUUUCAAGAAACAACGCAUAGACACUUACUCUGAGUAUUUCCAGAGGGAGUUGGUGCACAUUAUUGCACUGUGUGACAGGAGGAUACCUUUCAUCUCAUUAUGUGAGGAGCUCGUGGAACAAGGCAUUCCUUUUCAAGGAAUUCAGGUUGAAGCUGAAGGUAUCGGGAUGGUGGUCAAGUUAUGCAGUUUGCCAGCCGUUGAAGGAGUUUCAGAAGAAAUCAACUCGGUGCUAGCUAAUUCCCUUCUAGAAUGCUCCUUCAGAUUGCUACUCAGAAGUCAUUUAUUAGUCUGGCAAGUACAGCUGACUUUUGGCAAUUGUCCAGUUAAGAGUACAUUACCCAGAGAGCGAGGUUCCACAAGAUGUUUGUACCUGACAUACAGCUCAACCAGCCCUGUCGUUAACCAACUUUUACAAGAUUGGAAGGCCAUUGGUAUGCUGUAUGGACCAGUCCAAGAUCUAGGAUCAGUCAUAAAUGAUCCAGACCUUCCUCUCAGUUCUGUUGCGGAAGUCCGCAGCUACACCUAUCAGAAGCUUGUUUUGGUUUACGGCAAAGAAAAGACAAGUACUGUGACGAUAUUAUGGGACUCUCAUGAGACACGAUUUCAGCUGAGGUUAGCUGUGAUAGGGACUGCAUGUUCUUCCAACUGUCACCUGUUAGUCCAUCGUCAAUUAGAGCAGGAAUUUAAUACUCACAGCAGUCUCAUUAGACUUAUGCAGAAUAUGUGUGACAGCCAACAGCCAUUGCAAGCCAUCAGCAAACUACCAAUGUCACCAGCUCUUGGCGGACUCACAUCUCAAGCUAACCUCCCAUCCCACACUUUUGUGGUCAUACCUCAGUCCAGCAUUCAUGUAAGAGUUGUCUUCAGGAAGACAUACUGCCUGGAUAUUUUAUGCAAAGGCAAGAACACAGCCACUGUCAGAGAUGGUGCAUAUUGUCUCUUUGAUGUCAGCAAAGUGGUUGAAGGUUUAACCCCAGCACCAAACCUGAAGUCAUUUCUGGAGAUGUUUGUUGAUGAGUCCGUCUCCAACAUGCGUCGGCGUUCCGUCAAUGAAGAUGAUAAUCCUCCAUCACCAAUCGGCAUGGAUACCGGUGAUUCCUUCUUGAUGUCACAGCAUCAUUCUGUCCCCUCUCCUAUGGCAAGACUGGGUGGGACUGCAUCAGGUGGAUUUGUUCACCCAAUGACCCCACCCACUGCAAUUAGUACCAGUAAUCCAGCCACACCUGCUUCACCGCACACGUCAAUGCUAUCUCAGCAAUACAGCAUGUCUCCUGGAGCUAGUGGAUAUCCUUUGGCAUCACCUCCAUCUAUUCCUUCUAACAUCGUCCCAUCGCCAUCAUCAAAUAUGUUGAAUACUGCCUCUCCUGCUCUUGCUGUAGGUUCUCCAAGCAAUGUUCCUCAUCAUGUACCAUCUCCAGGCUCAUUUGUACCAACACCAUCUCCUAACAUCCAGAUGCAUUCACCAGCUCCUGGGCCUUUCAUCAGUCCCCAAAAUUUGUCAGAGAAUGCGAACUCACCCUAUCCCAGCAUGGGGCUAGCAAUGCCUUCACCAGGCCAACGUAAUUGGCCUGCAUCCCCAUCAGUUCCUGGACCAUCACCUAUCAAUCGUUACGGUGUAGCUCAUUCACCAGGUAUGGCAGCUAGUCACUCACCUGGAAGUAGUGGUUUAGGACAGACAACUGGUUCGGCCCCUACACAAGCUCCUAUGCCAAUGCGACCAGCUAGACACCUGCCAUCACGUUCUUGGGCUGCUUCCAUCCCUACUGCAUUGUCUUAUGAAGCUAUCACCAAGAUCUUUACCCCAGCUCCUGCUCCUGGAGUUAUUGGUGGUCCAGCUGCCAACCUUUGCUGUCCAGCAGAGCGAUUUCUAGGCUCCAUACACAGCAAAAGAUAUCUGCAGAGAGUAUUUCACAGUAUAGAAACGAUACAAGAGGUUCCAUCGAAUGAGCCUGGAAUGUUACACUAUCGUACAGAAUCCUUGCAGUACUGGGUGUCCCUGAACCCCAACACCAUGCAGACACUACACCUACAGGUCAAACCUAAUCCAGAUAUGAAUGACCGAUGGAACCAGGAUGAGCUGCAAGUGAUUGAGCGAUAUUUUGAAACUAAGGUUGUGUGCCCACCAUACAAAUUGAGUGCCAUCCUAGCUUUUUCCCGUGCCCUGAGUGGACCAACACGUAUCUUGAAAGACUUAGUCCAGUUGAUGAGACUUGAACUGUUACCAGACCGUACCUUAAAAUGGACAAUCCAGUGGUGUCUGACUGUUCCUCCUAAUGACUCCUUUGGUGUUGCUCCACCUGGUACAGCUGCUUUAGCCAUCAAGACGAAGAUGCUGUUCUUUAUUCAACUGACGCGUAUUGGUAUGAAUCCACCAGUGGGUCAGGAUACUCAAUCAAUCGUCAUCCCUAUCGUUCAUGACAUGCAAGCUAACACAACCUCUUACGUUGACCGACAAAAACCGCACAAUGCAUCAGCUGCAACAGUCAGUAACAUGCUCAAGAGAUCCAAUGAGAUGUUCCAGAACAAAGUUGAGUGCACCAUUUUCCCAGUCAUCAGGGACUUAAUGACAAACCUAGUGUUACCUCAGUGAAUGAAAGACAAAGGGUUUUCAUCCUACAUUUUCUCUUGAUACGCCAGACAUGAAGGAGCUGGGAUGAGUGUUCAGUAAAAGUAAACUUGCCUAACCUGCCAAGAAUGUAUUUACAGUGUAUAUCACAAAUGUGAGGAUUGCCCUUUUUUGUAUCCGUUUUGCUAGUGGGGAGCAUUUCAGAAGACUUCUUGCCAGAGGAUAUUACAGAUUUAUUUACUUCACAAAAUAAGCCUGAUAACAAAUAAAGCACAAGUACAUGCCUCAACACUUAGGAUAACCUGUUGUUGGCUGAAUUUUUAUCCUCUGGGAAAAACUUUCACUCUUGUAAUUCCAGAUUGGUAGAAUGUAAUAUGAAGUUUAUGCCUGUGCAUAUACAUUAAGGUUGUUAUGGGGAAGUGUAAAUAAUCCGUUUACAUGUACAUAUUAGGACAGUAUAAUGCAUGCUUUAUAUUAGCUAAGCGGAUAAUCAUGAAUUGAUGAAAUGUAUCAAUACUUUGAUGAGAUGUAUACACGAUAAAAUAUUUGAUGAAAUAAUGGAGUCAUGCUUCACAAUAUCAAAUUCAUCAUACAAAUCCAUGUACACUGUACAUGUAUUUUAGAUUUUCUGUUCAUGACUUCCACAUAUUUCACACAACCUAUAGCGAACUCCUUAAGAACCAAAGCAUACUGAUUGUCAGUGAUGAAGAAUGUCUGGUAUUAUCCCAAAUGAUCAUUUCUAGUGGCUUAUCUUUUUAUAAGUAUAGAAUAUAUUUCAAUGUAGUACCCCACUGUCAUCCAUUGUAAUUUUCUAGCAAUGGAAAGCAACUAGAGUAAAGAUGUAUCUGAAAAUUGGAAACUGCAGAUACAGGUACAUGUAUUAUUGAGCUUAGACUGAAUUCAAACUUUAAAAGACACAUCCUCCAGCUGGUGAUAUUAGUUUGGGGGAUUCCAGUCGGCAAAUGUUUCAGCUCAAUUAACAUUUUUGCACCUGUUUUAUGCAUUGUUCAACACAUUUGUUUGACAGUUACUCGGGAUUCUGCAACUGCAGAUAUGCAGAACCACACAUACAAGAGUUAUAGUUCACAUGGUGCUACCGGGGCAAACUGUUACUUUACUUGCCACCUUCACCUUAAAACUCUUCAAAUCUCAUCUGCUCAGGAUUGUAGCAAAGUUUACAUUUGUCACAUGGCAAAAGUGGUGGCUGAUAUUUUGAACCCUGUAGUGUGUAUUUGGUUUGGUAAACUUUACAAUGGCUGGAAAUAACUCAUGUGGCAAUUAAACAUUUCUACAUUUGUGGAAAGUACAGUAUCUGGCUUAAAUAAAUUAUAAAUGAAAUGAAGGUAAA